AUGUAUCCAGUUGGUUUUGAUGUGAACGUCGAGGAGGAAAUGAUUGCUGGACGACUGGGUCCGAAGUAUACAAUUGAUGCGGAUUCUGCUGCGGUAGUUGUGCUGGCAAGGGAUUCCAGGAGAAUCCAGGAUACCUUUGUGAUGGAAGAAGAGGUGUUGUUUGGUUUACGCAUGGAAUCGAUGACGGGGGGAUAG